GGUUGGGAGAUGGACGGCGUAGAUUGCCCAACCCGCACCGCUUAGCCAACGCCCCGCCGACUUGGCCGCGCUCUCGCCGCCUUCUUCCCCCUUGUCGCCGUCGCCGAGCCGCCUCCGCCUCACCGUGCCGACCACCACCUCUCCCAACCUCGCCGUCGAAUCCUCUCUCUCUCUCUCGUCUCCCCGCUUCGCUUCCACCUCGCACUCACACUCCCAUGGACCCCUCCAUGCCUCCGCCUCCACCUCGAAACCCUAACCCCUCCUCCGCCUCCAUGCCGCCCCCCCCGCCACCGCCCAAGUUGGAGCCGGCGUCCAAGCCCGAAUCCACUAACCCUAACUCCUCCAUGCCGCCGCCUCCGCCUCCACUCCCGGUGGAGGGUGCGAGCACUAGCUCCUCUAUGCCUCCGCCUCCGCCGCCACGGCCCGCGGCGCCGCCGCAGCCGGAGGUGGAGGGGGCGGACGCGUCGGCCGAAGGGGGCACUAGCGCUAGCGAUUCCGAGGCGGAUGAGGCGGCGGGGAACUUAGGUAGGGGCUCCAGGGAUAUUGAGAUGGCGGAGGCGGCGGCGCCGCCGCCAUCACAGCAGCAGCAGCCGAGGCCGCGUGCCCCGUACGCCAUACCCGAGUGGAGCGCCGCACCGGGCCACCCCUUCUUCCUCGAGGUUCUCAAGGACGGCACCAUCGUUGACAAGCUUGACGUGUCCAGGAAAGGAGCUUACAUGUUUGGUCGAAUUGAUCUUUGCGAUUUUGUAUUGGAGCAUCCCACUAUUUCUCGCUUUCAUGCUGUUUUGCAGUUUAGAAAUGAUGGGGAGGUUUUCCUUUAUGAUCUUGGAAGCACACAUGGGUCCUUCAUCAAUAAAACUCAGGUCAAGAAGAAGAUAUAUGUGGAAAUUCAUGUUGGAGAUGUAAUUCGAUUUGGGCAAUCAUCACGUUUGUACAUAUUCCAAGGACCAUCUGAGCUGAUGCCCCCUGAAAAAGAUAUGCAGAAGCUUCGGGAUGCUAGAGUUCAGCAAGAUAUGCUUGAUCGUGAAGCUUCCCUUUUACGUGCAAAAAAUCAAGCAGCUUUAGCAGAGGGUAUCUCAUGGGGUAUGUCUGAGGAUGCAGUCGAAGAUUCUGCAGAGGAUGAAGCUGAUGAGAUCACAUGGCAAACCUACAAAGGUCAACUCACUGAUAGACAGGAGAAAACACGAAGCAAAAUAAUAAAGCGAUUGGAAAAGAUUACCAACAUGAAGAAAGAAAUUGAUGCAAUAAGAGCUAAGGACAUUUCUCAAGGUGGGUUAACCCAAGGUCAACAAACACAGAUUGCACGGAAUGAGCAAAGGACAUCUCAGCUUAUGGAGGAGCUGGAAAAUUUAGAAGAAACUUUGAAUGACAGUAUACGGGAAAGUCUUGGUGCUCGCACUGGAAACUCAAAUCGUGGUAGUCAUAAAGCAAGUCUUGAGGAAGAAGAUGACAUUCUUAGUGACGAAGAUGACUUCUAUGAUCGGACGAAGAAGAAAUCUUCUAGUCAUAAAUCCAGUGAGCAGCAAGUGGAGACUGCUGAUAGUCUUCUUGAUAAAAAAGAUACCAUAACCAGCGAUAUUGAAAGUAAAAAGAAAUUGGUUGAAGAAGAGAAGAAUAAGUUGGCAAAAAGUGAGAAUGCGGAUGUUGGGGACGACCUUGAUGCUUACAUGAGUGGAUUAUCAUCUCAAUUAGUACAUGACAAGAUUGCCCAAAUCCAGAAGGAGCUUUCUGAUCUUCAAACUGAGCUGGGCAGGGUGGUUUACCUACUGAAAAUAGCUGAUCCUAUGGGAGAAGCAGCUCGCAAGAGGGAUCUCAAGCCACGAGAAACAAAAUCUCCAGCAUCUAAUGAUAGUCUAAGACCAGAGUCCAGAAAGCAAAACAAAGUUGCACAAAACAAAGCCUCAACAGAGGAGAAGCUUAAGGAAUCUUGUGCUGAAAAAACACAAGUGGAUAAACCAGCCGAGGAAGAGAAGGGUAUCUCCACAAACCAAGAAAAUGGCAGCAAACCUGCAUUCUCCAUUCCAAAACCUCAGUGGCUUGGUGACAAGAGGACCGUGGAAUCUGAAGAGAACUGUAUAAAAGAAGAAAGUGCCAAUGAAGAGGAGACUGAUAAUUUUGUGGACUACAAAGAUCGAAAAACUAUUCUUUCAGGUUCCGCCAAUGGAAAAGACCUUGAAGAAGCUGCUCCUGGGCUUAUUUUACGGAAGAGAAAGUCUGAUCAAUCAGCAGCCAAUGAGGUGGAAUCUUCAGUUGAAUCCGAAGCAUCUGCUGCUGAUGCUGUGGCCCUCUUGCUGAAGCACAAACGUGGUUUACAAACUUCUGAAGAUAUGGAGGAUGAGAAUGAACCACAAGCUAGCAAGAGAAAAAGUAAAAAGUCGAAACAAAAACGCGUACUGGGUCCAGCAAGACCAGAUUUUCUGGACGCAGGUCCAGAUCAUGAAACAUGGGUGCCACCUGAAGGUCAAACUGGUGAUGGCCGCACUUCAUUGAACGAUCGUCUGGGCUACUGAAGUUUUCACAUUCAAGACUCGACUCGAUGCGUCAUGAAGAAGAAUUCAGUAGCGACGAUCGCGGUAUUACUGCAGCUAGUCCUUGAGCAUGCGUUUCAUAUAACUUCAAAUGGAAACUGGCCCCUUUUUAUUAGUUGCUCGCCAUUUCCUGAGACUGUAGUAGAGGCUGUGUAAGAUUGCGAAUUUGUAGAAAAUGAGAGUUGAAAUGACAGGUGGUGGAUCUGUAUGGGAAUGGUGUCACCUGUCCAGGGGUCACAAAGGAUGCAAAUGUCAUUUUCAGUUCGCUACGAGAAUGGGGUGGGAUUUUGUAAUGUACAUCAUCGUCCCAUAGUAUAACGGUUGUUUGGUGCCAGUGGAACAGGGUGGCCAAUUAUGUAGUACUCCCUCCGUUUCACAAUGUAAGUUAUUAUAGCAUUUCCCACAUUCAUAUUGAUGCUAAUGAAUCUAUCUGCAUCAAUAUGAAUGUGGGAAAUGCUAGAAUGACUUACAUUGUGAAACGGAGGAAGUAGUUAUCUAUAUCAUUUUGACAAACUCUUUCUUUCUCUUGGAUUAUAUACUUAUUAGGCCAUCACAAAAAUUAGUCUGUACAGCAAGGAAGAUAAGAACAAUUAGCAAUUUAAGUUCUUUUAGUCUAUAUAAUUGAAGCCUUGUUGCCAAGAAAACAUAUCCUAUAUACUAUAUAUCUACAGUGAUAUACACUAGAGAUAAUCAUAGAGAUGAUUGUGUCCCAUACUAUAUUUAUGGUUUAAUAAAUAAAGUGCUAUUCUGUU